GGCGGGGCCGGGUGAGCAGGCAGCAGCGCAGGUUGAACGGAGUCCCAGCGCAGGGCUGGGAUGAGCCUCAAACUUCGGGGCGAUCGCGGUGGGGGAUGUAGCAGCAGCGCCGCCGCCGCUCACCGGCCCGCCCCGGCUCCCGCCCGCCCUCGGCGCCUCCCCCAGCAGUUUUUAAACUCCGACCCCCCCCCUCCGCCUUUCUUCUUUUCCACACCCCCCACACCCCCCCCCCCCGCUUUUCCUCCCCUAGAUGCCAGCCAUGAUCGAGAAGGGCCCGGAGGUCUCGGGGAAACGGCGGGGCAGGAACCACAACGCCGCCGGGGGGAAUAAUAACAACAACAACGGCGGCAGCAAAAGUUUAUCCGCCGCCCCCAACGGCAACAGCAGCGGCAACUCGUGGGAGGAGGGGAGCUCGGGGUCCUCCAGCGAUGAGGAGCACGCUGGCGGCGGGAUGAGGGUCGGGCCGCAGUACCAGGCGGUGGUCCCCGAUUUCGACCCCGCCAAACUCGCAAGGCGAAGUCAGGAGAGAGAGAAUCUCGGCAUGCUGGUAUGGUCACCUAACCAGAAUCUGUCUGAAGCAAAAUUGGAUGAAUAUAUCGCCAUUGCUAAAGAGAAGCAUGGAUACAAUAUGGAGCAGGCCCUUGGGAUGCUCUUUUGGCACAAGCACAACAUUGAGAAGUCUUUGGCAGAUCUGCCAAACUUUACUCCGUUCCCAGAUGAGUGGACAGUGGAAGACAAGGUCUUGUUUGAACAGGCCUUCAGUUUCCAUGGGAAAACCUUUCACAGGAUCCAGCAGAUGCUUCCUGACAAAUCAAUAGCCAGCCUGGUGAAAUUUUACUACUCCUGGAAGAAGACAAGGACUAAAACUAGCGUGAUGGACCGUCAUGCUCGUAAACAAAAAAGGGAACGUGAGGAAAGUGAGGAUGAAAUGGAGGAAGCAAAUGGAAAUAACCCUAUUGAUAUUGAAGUCGAACAAAACAAGGAGAGCAAAAAGGAGGUGCCGCCCGCUGAAACUGUUCCUCAGGUGAAGAAGGAGAAGCACAGUACGCAGGCCAAGAACAGAGCAAAGAGGAAACCUCCCAAAGGAAUGUUCCUUUCCCAAGAAGAUGUGGAGGCCGUUUCUGCCAAUGCAACAGCUGCUACCACUGUACUUAGACAACUGGACAUGGAAUUAGUCUCAAUCAAGCGACAGAUUCAGAAUAUCAAACAGACAAACAGCGCGCUCAAAGAAAAACUUGAAGGUGGUAUAGAACAAUACAGACUUCCAGAGGUUGUUCAGAAAUUUAAUGCACGUUGGACCACAGAUGAGCAGCUUCUUGCUGUGCAAGCAAUCAGGAAAUAUGGCCGAGACUUUCAGGCAAUCUCUGAUGUGAUUGGAAACAAAUCUGUGGUGCAAGUGAAAAACUUUUUUGUAAAUUAUCGACGUCGUUUCAACAUAGAUGAAGUUCUACAGGAGUGGGAAGCAGAGCAUGGCAAAGAGGAGACAAAUGGAACCAAUAGCCAGAAGCCUGUAAAAUCCCCUGAUAAUUCCACUAAAAUGUCCGAAGAGGAAGAUGAGGCUACUUCUGUUCUUGAUGUCAGAUAUGCAUCUGCUUCGUGAGAAGGUGCUGUAGCCUAGAACAAUUUGUGUUGACUACUGUGUUAUCCAGGAUAUCAGGUAUUAGCAAACCUCAGACAGCCAUCUGCAUCAUAUCUGUGGACAAGCAGCUAUUACCAAAAAAAAGGCAAACGCUUCCAGUCCUGUGCUACAUCUGCCUUAAUCUCCCCUCAUUCCUCCAUACUGCCUCCACUUUCUUUCAAAAGCACCCAGGUAGCUCAGCUCUCCAUUUCAUCAACGUCCUGCUUAAGCAUGGGGAUUCCUAGAACCAGUAACACCUGUCUGUAAAUUUUGACCAACCUGCAAAACAAGGAGCUCCUUAGCAGCCCCACAGUAACUCUACACAUUAGGAGUUCUUAUAAUACUUGGUCCGUAGGGUAUAAGUACGUAUUGCUGCAUGGCCUUGUGGUCUCCGCUUCCUGUGUAUUCUUACGAUGACACUAUUAUUAGCGAGCUUUCUAUAAAGGAGAGGGCUGUGCACAUGCCAGUGGUGUCAGGUUUGUUCUGAAAUGACAGGGCAUGUUAACAAGCAAUCUUGAAUAAUGCGAAGUGAUAGGAGAUGUUAUUUCUAAGGUUUGGUCAGUCCAAGGUUGUAAACGUAACUCAUUACACUUCUGGUUUGUGCAAUUCUUUCCACUGUAUUUGUGUGUUCUUGCUUCAUAGAAAGCUCCCUAAUUGAGCAUUUUAUUCCUGUAUAUUUUAAUGGCUUUUAUUUAGUGCAAAAGGGAAUACGUAACCUGAACCUGUUUGAUACGCUAUUUAACCCCUGGCAUUCAGCAUUUGCAUUGUAACUUGUUAAAUGAGUGCUACACAACUUUCUUUUUCCUGAUCCUCUGCGGGAUUAAGUCAAAACAACUUUCUCUGGUGCCUCUCCUUUGGAAUAUGUGCCUUUUUACAUUUGGCUACCAUAGGUCACUUUCUGUCCCAGUGUCUCAUUCCUCUUCAGAGCGCUGUUUGCCAAAGACAUCAAACUACUUCUCCCAUUGGAAGUCUGGACGAGGGUUGGAGUACAAAAUUCAACCUUCCGGUAGUUUUUGGUCUCUUGGAAGUUUAAUGGAGAAGAACUGGGUUAAUUUCAUUGGCCAUUUUAACCCUUCUGAAGCACACACCGCUUUCAUGUUCUGAACCAAAAUAUGCAAUUUAAAAUCUAAGAGGUGCUUUUCCAAAUACUUGGUGCAUGCAGCUUUCAAAUCCCCCAGCCCUCUGCUCGGAUGACCUGUGCUGUGGCCUCUCUAGCUGGCUUGAACUGGAGCUGUUCCUCAAAGUCCCGUAUGAGGACUUUGCACCUUGAACAAGGGAGUUGCUGGCUGCCGAGCAGAGAGCGUUCAGAGAAGCUAGAAGCAGCAGUAUUACUUCUUUUCCAGUGGAAAGCUGCAAAAUAACACUAGUCACAAAGCAUUUAAAAAUGGUUAAUUUCAUGAUCUUGGAAGAAACCGCCGUGUGUCUUUGCAGGUGGAAAAAAGGACCUUCUUUGCCUCUCUUUCUCUACAGAGGGUUGAAGCCAAGACGGCACACAGCAAUGUGCGGCACCAGCCUCCUAACACAACCUGAAAUGAGCUAGUCCACGUCCUGGCCUGCAGCUGAGGUGCUGCAAGCUCUGAGUCUAGCCCCGAACUUGGUGCUGAUGUUUGAGCUGCUGGGCUGUGCCGGACUGUGUGCUGUGAGGGCUCUGCUCUCUGUACCUAAAGGAGGUAGGCUAAUGCCAGCUGGCUGACGGAGCCAGCUCUGCCUGCACCUCCUGCAGCGGAGACACAACCCAAGGAAAGGCGGAGGAGGUAGCCUCCUGUACCACCAAGGUGGUCUCCUCCUUGGGCCUUGUGUGAGGAGCGUAAUUCAACAUCAGAAAUUGAGCAACAGUGCCCAGGCGAAGGAGCAGAUAGGCAUUUCUCAGGGCGGGCUAGAGCGCGGAGCCCAAAAAGGGCCUGUUUCAGCCACUUUGCAGCUGUUUCAUUUUGGUCGCUCCAGAGAGAUGCUUUGAGGUAGGUGAUGGAAGGGAGCUAUUCCCUAUCCUCUGUGUGGGAAACCUGUAAUCCCAAGUUUGUGGCAGUGUCUCUACAGCUGUUCACGUGAACUGGCAGCUCCGUUGUGGCCCUGCAGAUGUUCCUUCAGUCCUGUGGCAGUUGGAGUUGGGAGUCUCUUGUGGGAAAGGACACUAGUUGUUAGCCAGUGUGAAUUAGGAUUAAAGACAGGCAAAGAGCACUGUGAAUUCAGCUGACAGUUCUGGUAUAAAGCAAUGCCGCUCAUUAGAAAUACUCUAGUAUUAAACCUCCUGCUGGUACCAAUGCACGGAGACAGGACCUCGCCAGUGUGAGAGGGCUGUGUGAGCUUCUAUCCCAGCUGGCAAAACUCACCGGGAGAGGCUUCUGCUGACGAGCUAAGUUACCUGUGAGGACUUUCCAUCGGUUUUUGCCCUCAAAUCUGUCCAUCUUGUGAUCAGAAAAGUUGUGUUUUGGCUUCAUCCCCAAGGGGUAGGGGGAACCAUGUAUAAUUCAUGAUAUUAGGAAGAAAAAAGUUGUUUAAUUACUUUUCAGUUGACUGCUAUCUUAUUGUAGUUGAUACAUACAAUAUAAUAGCACUGUAUUUUAAACGUUUAGUUUUUUACAUUCUCUUUAACUAUCUUUUUAACUGCAAUGAAAUAAUUUUAGCUUUUGAAAGUUUAAAUGGUUUGGUCUUGUUUAGGUGAAGACCCUCUUUUUUUUUUUUUUUUUAAAUGGGUCAAGCAUUAGGUACAUCAACUGGUUGCAUUCUAAUUAGAAGGGUCCACAAAGAUAACUGCAUAAGUUAGAAUAUUCACUUAAAUUUUGUUUCUUAAACUAUCAAUGUGAAUGUCAUAAUUAUAUAUAUUUUGUGGAAAAUGGGAAAUUAUUUCUCCUAAGUAUAAGUUAUUGUGCAAAAUAUGGUAUCGUUAAAGAAAAUGAUAGUUUAAGUUUUAGUUUUAGAAAUCUUAAAGAUAUAAAAGUGUAUUGCAUAUGCAUAAACAAAUUUCAUUUGUUCUAUUUAAUUUUUAUGUAGUUGUGUAAAGUGCUAGGUAACUUCUUUUUUCGCUUAUCCAUUAAAACAACCUUGUUACUUGAAUAUUCGUGUUUAACUGGUUUGAAACAGUGAUCAAUUUUUGUAAUAUAACCUUAUAACCAAGGGAAAAAAAACAAACAAACCAUGCCUCAGUUGUGCUUAACAAUACAGCAACAAUGUACAAUCAGAUGCUUAAGACCAUAGUAGCCAUAACUGGUAGUGCAACCACAGUGGUUGUGUCUUGAUAGAUUUAAUACCAAUGGGGAUAAUGAAUUCUUAAUAUAUUUUUACAAGUUUGCAACCAGGAAGACCCCAUUAAUACCCACGAGAACACUUUUUUAGUCGUUAAUAUAAGAGUGAAACUCUUAUUCUCUUAAAGCAAUGUCCUGACAAACAUAUUUUUUUCCUGUACAAAUGCAUCUGAAACAUUAUAUUAAAAUAUGCUCAUUGUCACUUUAAAUUUCAGUUUUUAUUCUCUAAAUCGCUAAUAUGCUGUUGGUAUUCUUGCACACCAAAUAUGAGCCAAACAGUGCAUUACACUAACUUGGUCACUGGAUUUGUGAACAUAAAUCUCCAAGUCAAUGAAGCGCAAAAAUAUCGUAGGAGAUUUUUCUGAUAAUGCAUUUUUUCAAAUCUGUAUAAAAUUAUGCAUUGCCCAUUCAGCGAUGAGUGGCCUGAUAUUUACUCUUUUUAAAAAAAAAAAAAAAAAAAAAAAGAAAAAUGAUUUUUUUUUAUUAGCUCCAGCUUGUCUUCAGCAAGUCAAAAAUCUCGCGAUCUUGUGCAAUGCCCCUAAAGCAAAUACUUUCUGCCACUCCCUGGAUUAAUGCAGCUUUUCCUGUUGAUAGUAAAGCACAAUUGCAGUGAAAGUUACAGUUCAGAAGAUGGAAGGUCAGUAUAGUCUAUGCAUGUUGUAUAAUAAUGAGUGUUUACAUUCAUAUUCUCCUAAAAUAAAAUUUAUACUGGAGUGUAUAGUAUUCCAUUAUGUAGAUUUUAUCAAUUUUGUUAACUGCUUAUAGAUUGCUUAAAAGAAGUUUUUUCAAGAUUUUAAAAGAUGUAUAAGGUUAAGUUUGCAAAUAUAAUGGAAAUGCUGUAUAGCUUUUGAAGUGAUAAAAUACUCGUUGGGAUUUUAAAGAAAGUAUGUUGUAAGUAAUAUUUUAAAUGUCUUUUUUGCCUGUUUUCUAUUAUUCGGCACACUUACUGUGAUGAAUGUUCAUAGCAUUAUAAAAUUGCUUAGCCACUGAAAAGUAACAUUUGGUUUUGAAUUAUUUUACUGUAUGAGGAAUUAUAGUGGGGUAAAUUCCUUUGUGAAAUUCUACAUAAUUCAUUUUUCUAUGAUUUCCAAUGUUUGCUGACAUCAAAUAAAAUUUUUUCAAGCCAUUGAUGUAAUAAAACACGUAGUAAAACGUUA